CUUAGAAGCACAUUCAUAAUGUAAAUCUCAACGUUUAGCAAUGAAAAAAGAAAUGGUAAAUUCGAGAGAACUCUUCUUAUUUCUGUUCAUCUGUACCAUUUUAAUUGUACCUCACGGAUGUCCUGUUGGCAAAGUUCAAGCAUGUGGGCACGAACUAUACACAUGGUUGGUUCAAGCAUGUCUUCCAACACUUAGAUCAUGGAAUCUCACUUCAUAUCGUCCAUACGAUGAUGACUUUUUCACAAUAGGUAGAGGACCUCAACUCGUAGAAAUGUGUUGCGAGAACAAAUGCGAUUAUCCAGUAUUGUAUGGAUAUAAAAAGUGUGAACUCCUCAUUCCCGAAGGUGUUGACAUCGAUCUAUAAAUGAAAAUCCAAAAAUUAUAUACAACAUCUGUUUAUUUCGCCUAAUUGGAGCCAAGUGGGUGCUUGUCAGGAAGACUUUCUACGAGAAACGUCUUCAUUUAGGUAUCACACACAUGAAGAAAACCCGCGAAAACUUCAUGUACUCGCGUGCCAGUGACUAGU